AUGGCACUUCAAACACACUUCACAACUUACUCCACCACCAAAACACAUCACUCGUUCUCUCCCAACCUCACAGUGAGAUCUGAAAAACCAUCUGAACCGUUCAAUUCAGUUCCCAGAAACUCCGGGGUGGGUUUUCGUCCGUCUAAUGUGAACGCUAAAAGGAAACAGAAGAGACAAAGAGAAAGAGGUUCGAUAAUUCGUCGUAAUCCAGUUGAAAAACCGGCGUUAGUUAAGGAACAAGAACCGGCGUUAGUUAAGGAACAAGAACCGGUUCAACAGGAACAGGGGGCUUAUGAGAAUGCUUUUAUUCUUGCAUGGCUUGGGUUUGGGUCUGUUAUUCUUGUUGAGGGUCUUGCUCUUGCAGCUUCAGGUUUCUUUCCUGAAGAGUGGGACAAGAUCUUUGUCAAGUAUCUUUAUCCAUCCUUUACCCCUACAGUUUUCUUGUUUGUUGCUGGAGCAAUAGCAUUUGGAGUGGUUAAAUAUAAACAGAAUGAGAAACUCACGGAGCGGAAAUAG